AUGCGAAUGGAUAUUAUAGGCAUCCUCCUAGAAGUGGUGUAUGUGAUGAAAGAUAGUUGUUUACAGAAAUCGCAAAUUCUGUUAACAAAAGGAAGGGAAUUAAGAGCUUGUGGAAUCAAAGAUCAUUGCCAUAAAGCUGAACACUACAACAUGAUUCCUGAAAACACCUUGAUUUUGUUGUAUAAUGUUGUUGAUUUGUUAUUAGUUAAGGGGCUCAUGAACUUUCACCCUGAUGUAUUUGAGAUAUUGAUCAGAAUGUUUAAAUGGAAGGGUGUUCCAUUGGAGAAAUGUUUGGCUAUGCUGUGGGAAUACAGAAGGCUUGGCCAUGCUCUUUGUGCUUCCUCUAUAAAUGAGUCAUUUAUCACAACUUUGUCACGGCAUUGUGAUGAACUUUCACAGUCCAUUGAUUUUUGGAUAAGUUGUAUUAAAGGAUCAGAGGCACAAGGAGUGGGGUUUCAGCAGAACUUCAGUUUGAUGUUCCAAUCAGAUAUCAAAGUUGAAGAAGUCAAGAAGGCUGCUUCUGAACUUCUUUCUAGUGUCUCUUUACCCAGUGGUUCAACAUUUAUUGCUGUGUAUCUAUACCAGGACUUGUUUGAGAAAUUGGUUUCAAGUGGAAGUCUAAUUGAGUCCAUUGAUUUUUGGAUAAGUUGUAUUAAAGGAUCAGAGGCACAAGGAGUGGGGUUUCAGCAGAACUUCAGUUUGAUGUUCCAAUCAGAUAUCAAAGUUGAAGAAGUCAAGAAGGCUGCUUCUGAACUUCUUUCUAGUGUCUCUUUACCCAGUGGUUCAACAUUUAUUGCUGUGUAUCUAUACCAGGACUUGUUUGAGAAAUUGGUUUCAAGUGGAAGUCUAAUUGAGCAAGCCCCUCUGCUCCAAAAAGGGCCUUUAGAAAUGGGUAGUGGAGAACAAUACUACCCACCAAGAAAGUAUCCACAUCAACACACACAGACCAAGUUCAAGCUCAAAAUGCUAGCUCUUGUCAUACUAACCAACCUCCUCACAAUCUACAUCUUUACCGGCCCCCCUUUAAAUCUUCUCACCCAACACCUCUCCCUACCUCUUCCGGACACCACCACCCUCCUUCAUGAGCUCAACAUAACUCGGAAAGAACUCACCACCAGUCGGUCCCGAGUUUCCGACUUGCUCAGGCAACUCACAUCCACCAACCAACUUGUUGAAGCACUUCUCAUUGAGCUUACUCGCCUACGUGAACCUGAAGCAGAUACAGAUCCCACUUCCUCUAGUGAAGUGAAACUUGCCAUCGGGCUUCACAAGCUCCCACUCGGGUACUCCCCCAGGAUGGGAUCUGAUGAGGUCUAUCCUCCGUUUGGAGGAGGUUGUUUGAAGUUCAAAGACGAGUUAGCGCAAUACAUGACAUAUGACAUUGGAAAAGACUGUCCGAUGGAUGAUGUUUUCGCGCAAAAACUCAUGCUCAAGGGGUGUGAGCCACUCCCCAUACGGCGUUGCCACCCCAAGUCGCCUGCCGGUUAUGUGGAGCCAACUCCGCUACCCGACAGCCUCUGGGCAAUGCCACCUGAUAGAAGCAUAAUUUGGGACCCCUACACAUGUAAAAGCUACAAGUGCCUUAUUAACCGGAAAAAUCUUCCAGCGUUCUAUGAUUGUAAUGAUUACUUCGACUUACAGGGGAAAGAGAAGACGCGGUGGCUCCAUGACAAUGGAGGGCUUAAUUUUGGGAUCGAUAAAAUUCUAGAGACAAAACCACGAGGAACCAUUCGUAUAGGACUUGACAUUGGAGGAGGAGCGGGCACAUUCGCGGCCAGGAUGAAAGAGAGGAAUACAACCAUUAUCACCACCUCUAUGAACUUGGAUGGUCCCUUCAACAGUUUCAUUGCAUCAAGGGGACUAAUACCAAUGCAUUUAAGUGCCUCCCAGAGACUUCCCUUCUUUGAGAACACACUGGACAUAGUGCAUUCUAUGCAUGUGCUUAGCAAUUGGAUACCAGAAGCCACGCUCGAGUUCACUCUCUAUGAUAUAUACAGAGUGUUGAGGCCGGGUGGGCUCUUCUGGCUCGACCAUUUCUUCUGCCUCGGAUCUCAGCUGACACAACCUACGUUCCAAUGUUGGAUCGUGUCGGAUUCAAGAAACUGA